UUUGUAUUGGACUAACUGAUUACUGUUUCACAUCUUAAAAACGCAGUGGUUAGCAACGCUGUUGAGGGCGUAUGGACUCGGUCGGCCGUAGGUCAGUGAGCAGCACUGUUAAUUCCUCUAGUCUGGAACAGAUUGUAGACGCAGUUAUCAUUUCAGUCUAAUAGGCUCGCGAUUUUCCUUCGUACCAUUUUUCAACUGAAGGCCUUUCACUGAAAAGUGGGUGUCUCCUCACUACUGGUGUUCAGACAGCGGCGAGUGCAGAAGUGUGUCCUCGAUGGCAGGGUGGAAGGACGGCUCGGUGCAGGAGAAGUAUCGACUGGUUGUGGUUGGAGGUGGUGGUGUCGGAAAGUCAGCCCUAACUAUACAAUUUAUCCAGUCCUACUUUGUCACUGACUAUGAUCCCACGAUUGAAGACUCGUAUACGAAGCAGUGUGUCAUUGACGAGAGGGCGGCCCGGCUUGACAUCCUGGACACGGCCGGACAGGAAGAGUUUGGAGCCAUGAGAGAACAAUACAUGAGGACAGGGGAGGGCUUCCUGCUUGUCUUCUCAGUCACUGACAGAGGAAGCUUUGAAGAAAUCUACAAAUUUCAAAGACAGAUCCUCAGAGUCAAAGACCGGGAUGAAUUUCCCAUGAUCCUUGUAGGCAAUAAAGCAGACCUGGAGCUUCAGAGACAGGUGACCCAGGAGGAGGGCCAGCAGCUGGCCAGACAGCUCAAGGUGACGUAUAUGGAGGCCUCAGCCAAAAUCCGUAUGAAUGUAGACCAGGCUUUCCAGGAGCUGGUUAGAGUAAUCAGGAAAUUCCAGGAACAGGAAUGCCCGCCCUCGCCAGAACCCACGCGGAAAGAAAAGGACAAGAGUGGCUGCCAUUGUGUGAUCGUCUGAGUGGGCCUUAUCACUGUCAGUCACCCAGCUGCUGUCACCAGUCCCCGCCUCCUGCCUGACAUGACAUCUUGUAUGGAUGACUGAGUGCUGCCUUCUCCACGUGCAUGACUUCAACAGAGGUUCCUGUGGUAGCAACCAGGAACUGCCCGCCCCCAGACUUCACUUCUAGAAGAAACUGGCAACGCCAAAUGUUAAACUCCUUUUGACCUUCAACAAUAAUCCAAUUCACAUGAGAAAGUCCUAACACUAAACAUUGCCUCUUAAAUCAGCUAAACAAUAUCAUUUUUUGUAUUCUGAAGGACUUUUUCUUGCCUUGCAGUGACAUUUGUACUUUUUGCCGAGAUUGAAUGAGAAAUAUAUAUAUCCAGAAUGUCAAUGAGAGGUUUACUAGUUACCAGUUUCUCAUCAGAAUAGAGCAGUGAUCUUAUGAAGCUCUGUGUAUGUCAUGUCAUAUCCGUUUUUACUUCCAUGUGCUCAUCCGCUACUGUACAUAAGUGACAUUUGUUGUGAUUUUGAAAGCGCAUUUGUAAUGACUUAUUAAAUCGCCACAGUACAGCGUGUAAGGUUGAUGAGUUUGGUUUGACUUCUAUGAACAUAACAUGUAUACAAGUAUGUACACUGUACAGUAUAAACCUAGAUAGCCCUAAAGUUAUUAUGACAACUUAACUUUCCAGCGUCGUCAGCGGAUCCAUUUCUAUGUCUAUGGAUUCUGCACUCAUCUCACUGGCCAAAUAUGGAAUGUUUACUGUAUUUGCAUUGUAAGGUUCAUAGACUUUAGGCUUCUAAUAACAUGAUAUCAAACCUGUUUUAUUUAUUUAGUUGUACAACUCUUCUCUGACUCUUACCUGUUGUUGUUGACUAGCUCAGAGUCAGGUUGGCCUAAUCAGAAUUAAACAUUUUAAACUCUU